AUGCGACUGGUGCUGGGACUGCUCGUCCUCAAAGCGGCGGCGGCCAACCCCCGGUUUUCCCGGCAAGCCGACCUGGACUCGUACGACGACGGCAACUAUGACGUGGAAGACGUCAACUCAGAAAACCAGGAGUACGACUACGAGGACGGGCCUACCAUCGAGGAUCCCGAGAUAGAGAUUGGCACCCUGGCCCCACCCGACUACAACUACCCAAUGCCUGAGGCCUCACUGGAAGAGCAAGAGGAGGAGGAGGAAUUGCCCCUAAAGCCCCAGCUCAUCCCUCAGGGCUCAGGGGGAUCCGGCGUUCUGAUGGGCCCAGACACACAGAAAGAGGUGGAGCUGCGUCUGACGCCCAUUGACAUCCUUCAUGUCUCCGGGGAUUUUGGGGGCUCGGUGGGGUCUGGUGCCUCAGGUGCCUCCGGGGUUUCUGGCAGCUCCGGAGGAUCAGGGGAGUUCUUGAUGUCCGGGGAUGUGAAUUUCUUGAUAUCAGGGGAUCUCUCUGGAUCUGAGGAGGUCUCUGGAUCUGGAAACCUCCUGAUUUCUGGGGAUAUCCAUGAAUCAGGGGAUUUCCUGAUAUCCGGGGAUAUUUCUGUGUCCGGGGAUCUCUUGAUAUCUGGAGAUAUUUCAGGAUCUGGAGAUCUCUUGAUAUCUGGGGAUACCAUGGGAUCCACACCUUCUGGAACCUCUGAGGACUUUGGCUCUGGAGGUUCUGGAGUUCUAAUCGAAUUAGGAUCUGGGGGGCUUGGUAUUGCCACUGAACUCCUUUUCGGCUCCGGAGGGUCUGGGGACCAGUCUGGUUCUGGGUUCUCGGGAGAUCUCCUGACCUCAGGUGCCUCUGGAGGCUCUGGGGUUUCUGGGGACACCGAUGAGUCUGGGGAGUCAGGGAUAACAUUAUUACCUGGAGAGGUGGAAAUAUCUCUCAUUCCUACAACUAGCCCACAAGAGGCAUCGGGUACUUCUGGGGAUUUCUCUGGAGUUUCAGGAACCUCAGGGGAUCUUGGAGUGUCUGGAGACGUAGAGGUCUCUGGAACUUCUGGUGUCUCUGCCUCUGGAGAACCUGAGGAGCUUGAUAUAAUUCUGAUUCCUGACACUGAUAAAGAGGAGGGGCUGCUUCCAACACAAGAGACCCCUCAGGAGGGUACUGGUGGUGUAGAAACGACACUGGGCUCUGGCCUACCAGAGCCCGAGGAACCCGAAGAACCUGAGGUUGACACAAAAGGUAUGCCCACUUGCUUGCUGUGUACGUGUCUUGGUGGUUCGGUCUACUGUGAUGACUUGAAGCUGGACAGCGUACCACCUCUGCCCAAAGACACCACUCACUUCUACGCCCGCUACAACAGGAUCACCAAGAUCAACAAGUCUGACUUUGCCUCCAUGAACAAGCUGAAGAGGAUCGACUUGACGGCCAACGCCAUCUCGUCCAUUGACAGCAGGGCGUUUUUGGGUCUGCCGGAGCUUGAGGAGCUGGUCAUUCGAGAAAAUCACCUCUCACAGAUGCCCGCCCUGCCGGAGACCAUGACCCUAAUCGACGCCAGCCACAAUAACAUUGAUUCCGAGGGUAUUCUGAAAGAAGCCUUCAAGGACAUGACUGGUCUGCUGUACCUGUACUUGACGGACAACAAAAUUGACUACAUCCCUGUGCCUAUGCCAGACAGUCUACGAUCCUUACAUCUACAGCGUAACAACAUUCAGACAAUGCACGAGGACACCUUCUGUAACCUGCACGAUUUCAACUACAUCCGCAAUGCAUUGGAGGACAUCCGUCUGGACGGCAACCCCAUCAACCUGAGCCGAACCCCGCAGGCGUACAUCUGCCUGCCCCGCAUCCCGGUCGGCGACCUCAUCUAA